AAAUAGAACUCCAUUUUUGUAACCGUUUUUCAUCACCUCUCUGUUGAGGCACCAAUCAUGCUAAUCCAAUACUCAAAGGUAGACCUAGACAGAUUGGUAAAUGAAGAAUCAACACUCGGACUACAGUGGACUGUAACCACUGUUCCUAUGAUGGCAAGGAACCAUCUUUGCCAGUUCACAGUUAGCAAUAGACAAAGUAACUUUAAUUCAAUUCACUGUGCCAUUCAAAGGCUACUGCUGGCAGCUACUGGCAACUUUUAAGGUGGAAUGUUUUCUUGCCUGUUACUCAAUGCAUGAGUUGACAUUUUGAACCAAUUAACACACCUUAAAUGUCAAUAUGAUAAUGCUGACCAGUCCAUUUGUUUUUAUAGGCUCUCUUGCAUGACAUGCUUUAGUAAUGAUUGAAUCCUUAAGCACUUAAAAAAAAUAUGAAUGUCCAGUUCUGAAUAUUUAUGUCAGAACUGUAAAUAUUCUAUUUCCUCACUGGGAGAAAAAAAAAUGUCAGAGCAUCUUUCCUGUGCACUCCAGCAGUGUUACAACCCUGCUCUAACACACCAGCUGCCUCCUUUUUGUUCUGAAAAUCGCCGAUCAGCAAGGAUGUUCCUCUGCAUCAUUGGUGUAGACGAAAUACAGUGAGAGCUGGAUGGAGCGAUGAUGAAGCUAUUACCAUCUAGUAACAACCCUGUUUACACGUUAAGAACACUGUCUGCAGUGGAAAUGCGAAGACCGAUCUAGGGUUUAGGUACAUGUCCAUGUAGGUAUAGUUCCAAGGGUACUAUAUCAAAAGUGUUUGGUGGAAAUGCUACUACUAAGCAUAGAUCAUUACUUUCUGAUAACAGUCAAUAAUUGUGGGAAAAUAUUUGACUUGUCCAUGGCCUCUAUUUAGCAUGAGGUCAAUGACAUGUCAAAAUAUAUUUAAUUUAGCGACUUAAUCGUAUACUCUUCCAGUUGUAUAGCCAGUGAAGAGGUGACUGUUGAAUUCGAGCUGUCACAGAUAUUAUUUGUGCUCUGUUUUUAUAUAAGGCACACAAGAUUCAUGGUAAAGGUUUCCAUUGAUAGUGAAAAAGCCAAGUCAGUGUGUGUAGGAUUUGACUAUAUCCAACUUUGGUGACUCCUGGUGGCAGCAUCAGAAAAGACACUGGCAGGUAGAACUGCUCACUGUCGACCCACAAUGUGUCUGACAAUUUAGGCACUUUAGGCACUAAUGAUGGGCUGAGCACAUCAGACUGCGCCAGUUUUAAUCAGGUUUGUUGCAUUUUUACAAAUAAAAAUGUAUACCAUCGUGAUGACAAUAAUGCUACUGUAUGUACAGGGGAUUAAAGAGAAGACAAAGCAUACUACUCAGCAUAAAGUUGAAAGACUUCCUACAAUGAAUGUCUGAUCUGUAAACUUAAACCCUCCUUGUUUAAACCUCAACUAAUCAACGCUGUGUGGAAAUCCUUUAAUGUAAACUGGUGUGUCAAGGUCCUAAAUUUGGUAAGAAGCCAAACUGAAAAGUCAAACAUAAUCAAACAAUAGAUAAAACAUCAGGACUAGAAACUUCCUUCUAUCGAGCAGUGUCAUGUUAGCCAGCCUAUGUCAGUUUUAGUAGUUCUUUAUGCUGAUUGCACAUCACCAUCACACUGCCUGUUAGAGGAAGGAAACAGGAGGGAGAGAAGUACGCCGCAGAUAACGACAAAUAAUGCACAAUGACAUUCAAGUUUGGCUGUUCCUCACAAAUUGGCAAUAGUGCACAUUCACACCUUCGUGCCAUUUAACACUUUUAGCAAGAGGUGAGAGAAGACAGCAACAGAUGCUGCUGCUGUUCAAAACAAGUCUUCCACAUUGGACAGAUAAUUGAGCAAAGAUUUAAUAGUAGCAAUGGCUUCACUUUUUUUACCACCAGUGCACAUGUGAUGAAAGGAAUUUGGGAUUUUCUCGUAAGUCAGAAACUUUUUUUAGCCUUUGUGUAACUGUUUGACACAAGGUGUUUCCAGGGUUACAAGCCAUGCAUUAGUCAUCAUAAACUGUGGUCAUACAGUAUGUAAGCAAAUUGUGGAGCAAUUGUAGAGGCCGCCAGUUUUGUGCUAAGAAUAUCCCAGAGUAUUCAGGAGCUUUCUUUCUUUUUCUUCAACUGAACACUAUAGCAGCUGAUUUCACUCGGUAGCCUGUGAAUACUAGUGCAGAGGGACUAAUCAGUGAAAACAGCUGGUGUUUGAUUGGACUGAAAACCUGCUGUGGAGUUCAAGAGGCAGCAUGAAAGAGAAACUCAGAAAGGUUUUUGACUCCUCGCCACACUUGCACAAUCACACACUGAUGCCUCAAACUGAAUGUGUGAGUGCGAUGAGUGUUGAGAAAGAGAGAGCGGUGGAGCAGUGAGUGUGUGUGUGUGUGUGAGAGAGUGAGAGAGUCAGAGAGAUGAGUUCCACUCCACCCACAUCCAUCCGUGUCCAAUGUGAGGGGGAGGUGAAACAGUUGAGAGCUUACUGUGCUAUUAACUGGCAUUAUUUAGUUGCCUCAGUCUGGAGAGGAGACUAGUCAGGACUGCUCCCGAUCAGAAUUCCACCCAGUUGGAGCAACAAUGACUUCCCACGUGAAACUGCGGAAGGAGAGGGUCGGCUUGGUGGACUAUGACACACAAAUCAAAGAGGUGCGUUGCCAGCUUGUAGACCAGCUGAAGGUGUUAGAUGUGCAACUUGAGCAGAAGAGCCAGCAGCUGCAGGACCUGACAGACUACUUGCGGCGGCGGGGUGAGAUAGAAAGCGAGUAUGCCCGCUCCCUUGAAAAACUUGCUGAAAGGUUCACUUCUAGGAUCAAGAGGAAGGAGCCCAGUAGUAACACGGUGGCCCAGGUCUGGCUGGCUCUGCUGUCCCAGACCCGCCAGGAAAGUAAGGACCACAAUGGACUGAGUGAGCGCUGCAGCAACUUCCUCAUCCAGCCCCUCACACACUGUCUGGAGUACACACAGCGCCUUGCCAAGAAGAGUAAAGACAUCUGCACACAGCUGCAAGAUGGACUACUCAAGGUUACCACGGAGCUACAGACUGCAUGGCGAACGUACUACCAGUACCACUCAGACUAUGUGUAUGCAGAGGGGAAGCUGAAGGAGGCAGAGAAACAGGAGGAAAAGCAAAGCUCCAAGAAGCUGGAGCGGUUGAUAGAAAAAAGACAGGGUAAGGUCCAAGACAUCUACCUGAAGUGCAGCAAGGCCCGAAAUGAUUACCUCCUAAACUUGGCUGCAGCUAAUUCAUCCAUGAAUAAGUACUACCUCCAAGACAUCUCUACUCUCAUAGAUUGUGCAGAUAUAGGGUACCAUCUCUCUUUAAGCCGGGUGAUGCAGGCUUACCUGUCCAGUCGGUGGCGGACCCAGGAGAACCUGAGCACGGGGCUGCAGCAGCUCCAAACCACUGUGUCCGGACUGGACCAGAGCCGUGACAGAGACACGCUCCUGCAGGACCACUAUAACACCUUCUGUAUGCCCUUACGCUUCCCCUACCAGCCCCAUGAUGGAGACCAGGUCUCCGAGGUGAGUGCAGAUGGUGAGAUGAGAUGCGAGCUGGAGACCAGAUUCAAGCAGAUACAAACCAGACUGAAAGCAGUCACUCAGGAAACAGAGGAGGCUGGUAAGAGCAAGUUGGCGACCCAGUCUUCCCUGCUGGAGACUAUUGGCGAUGAUGAUCUGGAUCCCGGCAGUGGCUCUCAGGACGGCAGCACUGAGAACCUGACAGUCAAGCCCAGUGUGGCCCGGCGCAGGGCCAGCAUGCAGGAAAUGGAAAACCUCUACUUCACUAGAGUAAAAGAACACCUUGUUGGCAGCUCUCUGGUAUCUAAACUGCAAGCCAAACAUGACCAGCUGAAGGUGGCUGUGGAAAAAGCAGAAGCAUCAAAUGGACAUCACCCCAGACACAAUGGAAAGUCGAUGCGUAUCAGGAAGAAUCACUCAAGUGCCAAUUUGUUUCACAACCACAAACUUUUCAAAGGAGACAUGCUGUCCUUCAUACAGGCAUCGGGACAACAGAUUCCAAUUGUUGUGGAAAGUUGCAUUUGCUUUAUCAACCUCAAUGGUCUCCACCAUGAGGGCAUAUUCAGAGUGCCGGGGUCUCAGGUGGAGGUCAACAAUCUGAGGGAUGCAUUUGAGCGAGGAGAGGACCCCCUGGCUGAGCGCAGAUAUGACAUGGACUCUGUUGCCGGAGUGCUGAAGCUCUACUUCAGAGGUUUGGAGAAUCCCCUCUUCCCCAUCGACAGCACCAGCCAACUCCUGGAGUACGCACAAAUAAAGAAUGAGGCAGAGAGAGCGGCUCAGCUCAAAAUGGUCAUCUCCUCCUACCCUGAGCCCAUCAUCAUCGUCAUGAGAUACCUCUUUGCAUUCCUUCAUCACGUGUCUCAGUACAGUGACGAGAACAUGAUGCAGCCUUACAACCUGGCUGUGUGUUUCGGUCCCAGCCUGGUAAGAGGGGCUAAUGAUGAUGAUGUCGUCACCCUGCAGCCUCAGAUCAACGCCCUGGUGAAGGACAUCAUCCUCCAGCAUGAAAGCAUCUUCCCCAGCAAGAGCGAAGUACAGGGACCAGUUUACGAGAAAUGCAUGACACUGGAACAGGAUGACUGUGAGCCUAUCAUUGAAGAGGGAGAUGUGGAAGCAGAGUAUAGCAAAGAUGAGUUUGAGACAGGAUCCUCAGCUGACAGCAACACCAGCUCAUCGGCAGCACCAACACAGAGAAAAGCAGAGCGUCCGAGAGCCAACAGCAGCGGAGCAAUUGACUACAGUAAGCAGACAGCUGGACCAGUUGGGGGCGGCAUCGCUUCAAGUGGAAAGUUAAUGCUCCAGAUACCCGUUGGACCACAGUGCAAGCCACGGCGAGGCCUCUCUCCUGCCUAUUUGCGCAGAGAGUUGCAGGAAAACUCAUCUUCUGAAGAUAUUCCAGUUAAAGUAGACAAGGAGGUCUGUCGCCAGAUGGACUCAGUCUUCAUGGAGCUUCUCUCACGGCAAGCACUGCAGGAUCCCUCCUCCACCACCUCCUCCUCUCCCUCUGCCCAGGGUCCCCAAAGGAAAGGGAAGCGGGAUGGACGCAGGGGGAGAGGAUCAGGGCUCUUCAGAGCAGGAGAUCCACUGGACUGAGAGCUGAUGACAUGAAAAAAGAGAGAGAUGAUACAAAUGAAAACAGAGGUGUGGGGUGAUGUGCUCUGACAGUAGCUUUCAGCAUAUCUAUUUCUAGAAAGCUGAGAUCACUGAUCCUUGGUCAUUUCUCUGAGGUCAUUUCCACGGGGUUGCUCCCCACUCAUUCAAAAGCCCUGUCAUUUAUAUUUCAUACAGCAGAACACUGCUCUGACUGCAAACCUGCAGAACAAUGUGGAAGCUGCGGAUUACUUGAAAUGCACUGAUGUGUUUGUGUUCAGCUGAACGUUGUUAUGCAACUUAGGACUUUGUAUCUGCAUCUCUGUGUAGGUGUUGAUAUUCCAUUACUUCCAGUUUAAGCCAAACUUUCUCUGAGUUCCAGUCAGCACACGCACUUAGUCAGAGUCACAUUGAUAAGAAAACUGUGAAUACUGUAGCUGUUAUGGAUUUGUACAUAUUAUUUCUAACUAGUUUCACACUUUAUGAUUGAUCUGUAUAUCUAGGCUACAUGCCAAAUAAAUAUUUUGUCUAUUC